GGAUUGUUCUGGGGUCUCGCCGUGUGAGGGGGGGACCUGGUCCGAGGGAGCUAUGAAUUUUGAAUUCGAGAGGGAGAUCGGGUUCAUCAACAGCCAGCCGUCCCUCGCAGAGUGCCUCACGUCCUUCCCCGCCACCCUGGACUCAUUUCAAACUUCAUCAAUCAAGGAGUCGACAGGAAUUCCGCCUCCCUUCGAGCACACCAUCCCCAGCCUCAGCCCCUGCACGCGCAGCCAGCCGAAACCGGCUUCUGGGAGCCAGCAGAACCGGAGAAGCUCCGACACAAAUGGCCACCAGACGCACCACCGCGCCGCCCAGCAGCCGUGCGCGCCAGGCCAGGCCCCCCCUGCUCCGGCCACCCCGGCCGGUCCCCUGGCCCACGAGUUCCCCUGGAUGAAAGAGAAGAAGUCAUCCAAGAAGGGCCCAAAGCCCGGGGGCAGCUCCGCCAUCAUCACCCCCGCAUCAUCUUACCCCUCUCCAUCCGCCUCUGGGUACGCUGCGGCGGGCGUCGACUCGCCCACAGCAGACCCCAGCAGCCAGCCGGGUCUGGACCUAGGGGGAGCCGGAUCCCGCCGGUUACGCACGGCCUACACCAACACGCAACUGCUGGAGUUGGAGAAGGAGUUCCAUUUUAACAAGUAUUUAUGUCGGCCGAGGAGGGUGGAGAUCGCCGCGCUGCUGGACCUAACAGAACGGCAGGUGAAGGUCUGGUUCCAGAACCGGAGGAUGAAACACAAGCGGCAGACCACCCACCACCGGGACGGCAGCGCAGGGAGCCCGUCCAGCGGCUUCGAGCCGCUCGAAGGCGCGGACGCGUCCUCUCCGUACUCCAGUCAGCCUCUGGAGGCGUCAGGCAGCGGGGAGAGCACAGAGGGGGACCAGGGGUGCGGCAGCAUGUCAGCCAGCGGGGACAAUGCGCAGCCCACGCUGGAGGACACAGACCGCGUGAGCCUUCCUGAACGCCCACAGCUGCCGGGGACAUCUGGCUCCCCGGACUCCCCGCCGUCAGUCAUCAGGUCCUCGGAGCACAGUGAGGCUGGGCCCCCUGCAGCCCCCGUGGCCCCGUCGGAUCCUCACGGAACCUGCGUGCUGCCGGACCUGACUCUGUUCGGGGAGGACGCCUGCCUGUCCCCCAGCCUGCAGAGCUCCUUGGACAGCCCGGUGGACUUCUCCGAGGAGGACUUCGACUUGUUCACGAGCACACUGUGCACGAUAGACCUGCAACACCUGAACUUCUGAAGCCUGCAGCUCGAGAGAGGAGGACAUGUUGUUCACUGGAGGAGUAACCAUGAUUUCUUCAUGCUGGAGUCCAUCAGAGAACCGAGUUCAUUUCAUUGUUU